AUGGUCAAACUCUUUAUGCAAAUUGAUUCGAAUGAUGACUGCUUAAAACUGCAAAGUGAUAUUAAUCAAUUCCUUGAGUUGUUCGACAAACUUAAUCUAUCUCUAAACAUAUCCAAAUGUAAGGUCAUGACUUUCACCAGAUCUCGUACUUCUUUAGUUUUCCCUUACCACCUGCGUGACACUGUAAUUUCACGUUGUAAUGAUUUUAUAAUGGAUCUUGGGUUUAAAUUUACUAGCCAUUUGGACCCGAGCCUUCACAUUGAAAUAAUUUGCUGUUCUGCUCUAAAAACAUUGGGCUUUGUUAUGAGGUUGGCUAAAGACUUUGGCCUUAAAUCUUCUCUUAAGGCUCUCUAUUGUUCUAUUGUACGGCCUAUACUUGAGUAUGGUGCUGUAAUUUGGGACCCACAUACUGCUGUUAAUGCUUGUCAGUUAGAAAGGGUUCAGCGUAGGUUUUUCCGGUUUGCCAGCUAUUUACUGGGCAUUGAUUGUCCGCCUCAUGACUAUACACCUGUUGCCACUAAUCUUGGUUUAGUUACUUUAGCUGAGCGCCUAUGUUACUUUGGUAAUAAAUUUUUAAAAGAUUUACUGACUGGUGUUAUUGAUUCUCCUUCUUUACUUGCCCUAGUUGCAUUUAAAGUUCCUCCUGUUCUACUGCUAUGUUUCAUAUACACUUUAGUUCCACCAAUUACAUGCAAAAUGAACCUUUAA